AUGGCGACGACAGUCAUCCCCCGGUAUUUCACUCAUUACGGGUCUAUUAUAUUGUUUGCGUUAUUUGGUCUGAAAAUGCUUCACGAAGCUCAUCAAAUGUCUGACGACGAGGGGAAGGAAGAGUACGAAGAGGUCCAGAAAUCUCUGAGCAAACGCGAGACCGUAGAUCUCGAAUACAAUAUGGUGUCCACAUCGGCCGAAGACCCAGAGACAGGUGUUAUCAAAACAAUAUCUUCAGUUUCGUUGGGCACGCGGUUGCGUCGAAAGCUGAUGGUCUACGUGUCGCUGGUGUUCAUCGAGACCUUUACGAUGACAUUUUUGGCCGAAUGGGGCGAUAGGAGUCAAAUCAGUACAAUUAUUUUGGCCGCUCGC